AUGCCAGGGCUUGUGACGAUGGGUGGAAACAUUGCGUACACAAUAACCUAUCUCCAAACCUGCGCAAUAUGGAGAAGGAAACGAUGUAUUGUCAUUCCCUUGUUGUUCGUCCUCAUAGGCAAGGUCCUCGUCUCCAUCGUGCUCAUCCACUUGCACCUCGAGGCGAUAAUAUGGGACACGGAUCCAGAGCCGGUGGGGAAGUGCAAGGGAAUAGCUCGGACGAAAUAUCCCAGAUACAUCUACCUCUCAGUGUUCAUCUCAGAAACUUUUACUAUUGGCCUGACGUUAGUCAAGGCCUUUGAACAUGUUCGCCAGUCGGGAUCGUCAUGGGUGCACCAGCUUUACAAGAACGGAAUCCUCUACUCUGUCUGUGUCCUGCUCCUCAGCAUUCUAAACGCCGUGAUGCCCUUUGUGUCUCCCGUGCAUUCCGGGAUCUUCGUUCGCCCUCAGCGCGUAAUGGAAUCAGUCCUAUGCAGCCGAAUCGUCUUCGUCAUCCUCAAACAGCAACGGCGGCGCUACUCGACCUCCUUCCACGACGACAACUUCUACUAUUACAAUGGUGGUAGUACGGGAAGCCUCUUUUCCACCUUGUCCGGUCCACGCGACAUAUUCACGAGCGCAUUUGGUUUUGUGGGUACUGGGACUAGAACAGUCCCAGCGACAGUCGGAUUAUCUGGCCCACCUAUAGCGGAUACGGCGAGGAGGAAACAGGGCGAGAUUGUGUCGAAUCGUAGCACGAGGAGCUCGGUGGAGUGGGAGAUGCAAGUUCUAGACCAUGAUUGUGGACGGAGAGAGGAUUAA